AUGGUUAGAAAAGCUUAUUUUAAAGGAUCGUUACUUGACAGAAUCACGGCUCUAGAGACCAAACUUUUCCAGAUUUGUUUGGAGUUGGAAUCUAGUAAAGCAUCUUCUACUUCAACUGUGGGGUCCGGUGAAACAUCAAACCAAAGGAUUGAGAGAGAUCUGACAAAGACAUUACCCAUUUUCAAUAGCAACAUUAAUCCUUUUCAUACUCCCUUGCAACAUCCACAAGACCCUCGGGAAACAGAAGCCAAGCUGAAGAAAAGACAGAGGAGGAGAUAA